AUGGACGGCUCAAACUCUCCCGGCAAGGAAUACCAGUUCGUCGCCCUCUCGACGAGAGCCACGACCACGUUCACUGACAAGGAGAAGAUUGAGGUCGAGCUUGCUGCUAAGAUUCUAGAACUAGGCGACGCAGCGUUCAAGAGCCACGUCAAGACGGCAUGCCACACGAUUAAACUGGAGAAUUAUGGCGGCAACACCACAAUGAACGAAGUCGACGGGAAACGCGUCGUAUACGUCGGUGAGUUCGACGAUCACUACUACUGGAUGGCCGAACGCAUUGACAUUUAG